UGGGCAUCAGUCCGCUUGAUGGGUUCGACCAGGUGAAGAUGGCCUACAAGUGGCGUCGAAAGAACGCCGAGAACAGUGGUGAUGCUGCAUACUUGUUGAAGGUGCAGAACCGGAAGAAAGGUGUGGCAUAUGGACCAGUCCAGGUGUCAAAGGACAUAAAAUAUGCUGAUAAUCAACCAAUAGUUCCCUGGGGACCUAGAUACUCUAGAGCGACUGCAAAGGACCUCCAGAUAAAUAUGGCAAUAUCAGCAACAUUUAUCACGUGCAUAUUGACCAUGGGCCAUGCAGACUGGAAACCCUUGCAAUUUUUGUGUUUUGCUUAUUUCUAUCGAGUACUUGAGAAACUGAAGUCUACGGAGCCAGUAAUAACUCCUGUAUACAAUGAGUACGGUGAGGUUGAAGGCCGAGGUAUACAUAUGGCAAAGCGAGUGCUUCGUAGUUUGGGUUUGGUACUUGGAUCGAUAUUUGCUGCAUCCCUGGGUUAUACCGGACUGGCCAAUUUCUCCCAGUUUCUUGGUCACUAUAUUCCUUCUGUUGUUUAUAACUUCCAGGAGUUGAUUGUGACCACAGCUUCAUCCGUUCUGCUUUGCAUAUUGGCUACGUACUACCGAUAGCGAUUGUGCUGGACUGCCCCUUGUUUUUGCAGUCCUGAUACAUUGCCACUCAAUCAUCUUCAUCUUCAUCACGCGACCAUCUUCAUCUUCACUAAGGGGUUGUGCUCGGUACCUACAUGCAUACUCUGUCGCGGAAACCCAAAGCUGUGAGAAAUUUACUCUUAGAUCUGGAAAUUUGCACAGCAGAUAGACGUCGCUGUCCAACGGUUCUGGAGCUGAAAUCAGCAUACAAGAGAGAAACAGCUAACAGAAGAAUUUAUCAAGCGAAGCGCUGAUGAUGUAGGAAAACUAGUCCUAGCGACUCCCAGCGUAUAUUUCCACAUUUGUCACCCAGUUUCCUCGAUGCCUCAAUUCGAUCGCAAAGUUGUACAACUAAAAUUCUCAUGUUAUUCUCGUGAGCAAUGAAUCGCAAGCAUGAGCUCUUGUGUAGGAGUACAAGUUGU